CGUCCAUCGAAGAAAACGACAACGACAACGACAAGGACAACGGCAGUGACGAGCGCUGGCCGUUAUUUAUCCUUGAUUUGAACGACCGCUUAUUGACGACUAUUUAAUCCCCUGGUCUUAUCAGCUGCGACCGCAUCACUGCUCUCCGCAGUCGAAGCAUAUACCUCCUGAAUCACCAACUUUUGCGCUGUGCGCUUUUCGUUCCUUCCCGCAGGGUCAUUUAAAGCUGAAGAGCGACGAGCUUUGCUGUUAUAAAUAGCUUGGCGAUACGAGAGCAUUCACCCCUGAGUAUCCGAGCCUGACAGCAACAUGCCCCGCCAAGCACCGCUCCCGCCUCAAAGUAGGCGUAUGCCUUCGAGCCUUCAGAACUCUCAGGCGUCGACACCGUCGACAUCAGGUUCAUUCUCGAACGGCAACGGUUCGCGAAGCCUGCUGUCACCACCCGGUCAUUCGACGAACGCCCGCGCAUAUACCACCGCCGAGUCCGCUUCGCAUCUACCGACCGAGAACCCGUUCAUGUCCCACAGUGAGCUCCGGGUACCAGGUGCUUCCAACAGCCGACACAUUCCGCAAAUUCCGCCGCCGCCGAGUUACCCAUCACCGCGCAAUCAAGACCCAGAUCUCCUGAGUCCAUUCAGGUCGCCGUCAAUCGGCUCACGAAGAAGCAGUAUUACCGACUCCAGACGAACCAGUGUGGCUUGGGAUAAUAACGACCGCGAUUACGACGACGCUUCCCGCAUCCAGACGGGUGAGGUGGGGAAUGCGUUCGGUCCGUAUGCGUAUGAACACGACAUGACCUCGAGAAGGUCCAGCUACAGCGUCGCUCCACCAGACUCAUACCCGUCGACACAGAGCAUUUCGGAGAAAUAUGCCAUCACACCAUCGACGAACUUGUUGUGGAGCACGAAGGACGUGGAACCCGAUGAUUAUAUGCACAACCCUGACCCGGUCAAGGACAAGAAGGAGGAGAGAGCUUGGUGUGCAGGGCCGUUGUCGAAGCGUGGUGCUGCGAACGUAGGUGGAUUGAUUUUGAUUACUCUGGGACUGUUGAUGUGUUUUAUCGGAUACCCGAUUAUCACGGAGUUAAAGAGGGUUGUGGAGGGAACCACCACGGUCUGUGACGAAUCUCAGGGCUGCGUCAUCGGAGCUUCCGAGGACCAGCCAGUCCUUUCAAAUGCGAUCCGGACAGAUCUCAUUGACCCAGAUACUCCAUCAAAAUUCUACACUAAAAAGGGGAAGAAGGGCAACACGCUGAACUUGGUCUUCUCAGACGAGUUCAACCAGGAUGGUAGAACUUUCUACCCUGGUGACGACCAAUUCUUCCAGGCAAAUGAUCUUCACUACUGGGCUACGCAGGAUUUGGAGUGGUAUGACCCGGAUCAGGUCACCACAAAAGAUGGUACUCUCCAGCUGAAGAUGUCUGCAUACCGUAACCACAACCUCAACUACCGCUCUGGUAUGAUUACCAGCUGGAACAAACUCUGUGUCAAGGGUGGUUUGAUCGAGGCUUCUAUAUCGCUACCUGGAUCUGGUGACAAGCAGGGUCUUUGGCCUGCAUUCUGGACGAUGGGCAACUUGGGUCGCCCUGGCUACGGUGCUACUACCGAUGGAAUGUGGCCUUACUCUUACAACAGCUGCGACGUCGGUAUUACUCCUAACCAGUCGUCGCCUGAUGGUAUCAGCGGUCUUCCGGGUAUGAGAUUGCCUUCUUGCACUUGUAGCGGUGAGGAUCACCCUAACCAGGGUAUCGGUCGUUCUGCCCCUGAGAUUGACGCCAUUGAAGCCGCUGUUGAUGGUGAUCACUUGCUCGGUCACGCCUCUCAAUCCCUCCAGGUCGCACCCUUCGAUAUCUUCUACACGCCCAACUUUGACUACAUGGAAAUCUACAACACAAGCAUCUCGCAGAUCAACACUUACCGUGGAGGUUCCUUUCAGCAAUCUGUUUCUGGCCUUACCAACCUAAACAACAAAUGGUACGAACACGGCGAGCAGGAAUUCCAAUCCUAUGGCUUCGAAUACGUCCCAGGCGCAGAGGGCUGGGUCCAAUUCCGCGUCGGCGACGAACCAACCUGGGCCGUCGAGGCUCCAGCCAUCGGACCCAACGGCAACAUCGGCCAACGCAUCAUUCCCGAAGAACCCAUGCAACUCAUCGCAAACUUGGGUCUCUCAAACUCCUUCACCUACAUCGACUGGCUCGCGCUCGACGAGUUAGGAUUCCCGUUCGUGAUGAAGAUUGAUUAUAUCCGUGUUUACCAGGAUGAGGAGAGUGUUACGUGUGAUCCGCCUGGGUAUGAGACUACGCAGUAUAUCUCGGAUCAUGAGGUUGCGUAUACGAAUUAUAAUUAUACGAAUUGGGAGGCUGCUGGGUAUGACUGGCCGCAGAAUACGUUGAUGAAUGGAUGCAGUAUGUAAGGCAUGGCUAUGACUGAUCUGCCCUGAUUUCUUUAUAUUUCUCAUGAGUUUGGUGUGGUUUAGCUAGCUAGACGGACAUUUUGCGUUAUGUCGCGAGUUAUUUGCGUUUUUGUUACAAGAAGGGAAGGACGGUGUCUGCACAAGUGUAUUUGGUUGCGCAUUUUCAAUUCAUGCAUACUACCGAGUCUGUCCUAAAAGUCGUUGUUCUUGUUGCGUUUCGUUCAUAUGUCUUGUGUCUUAAGCUUCUCAGAUCUUUGUCGGAACCUGUCCCUGGUCAUUGGUUUCGCUUCUCAUACUCGUCGUUGUGGCAUGUUGUCUCCUCUUGUCAUUUCAGGUCCA